CUGGCAGGGCGAAGACAUACAUAGAUCACUCAAUUGAGACAGUGUCAUUUGCUGCGCUUGUUGCUAGCGGUCGGUCGGAUCUGAGCUACAUUUGUUAGGCUUUUGUCCUCUUUGUUGCACGACUACCUAGCAGCAACAUAUAAUGAGCGCACGGUAUGAUAGAGCUAUCACAGUAUUCUCGCCAGAUGGCCACCUCUUCCAAGUGGAAUACGCAUUGGAGGCAGUGAGGAAGGGCGCGCUCGCAGUUGGCGUAAAGGGCAAGGACACUGUCGUUCUGGGCGUGGAGAAGAAGUCGACCGCCAAGCUCCAGGACGCGCGCACCGUGCGCAAAAUCGUCAAGAUCGACGACCACAUCUGCCUCGCCUUCGCCGGCCUCACCGCAGACGCGCGCGUGCUGGUCAACCGCGCUCGCCUGGAGGCGCAGUCCUACCGCCUAACCCUGGACGAGAAGGCGACCGUCGACUACAUCACAAAGUACAUCGCGGGCGUGCAACAACGCUACACGCAGAGCGGCGGCGUGCGGCCCUUCGGAAUCUCAACCCUCAUCGUGGGGUUCGAUCCCGCCGGCGCGCCGCAGCUCUUCCAAACCGACCCCUCAGGGACCUGGUCCGCCUGGAAAGCCAACGCCAUCGGGCGCAACUCCAAGACGAUUCGGGAGUACCUGGAGAAGCACUACGCGGAGACGAGCGGCAAGGACACGAUAAAGCUGGCGAUUCGCGCGUUGAUGGAGACGGUGGAGGCGGGCAGUAAGAGCAUUGAGGUGGCGGUGAUGGAGCGGGAGGGCGGGUUGAGGCUGCUGGGGGAUGAGGAGGUGGAUGCGGUGGUGAAGGAGAUUGAGGAGGAGAAGGCGGC